AUGAUAUUUCUGAACAUUAAAAGUAUCUUGAAAAAGAAUUCCAACAAACAUGUUGCUGGCUCAUCUACAAAAAAUGGCAAUUCCUUAACAUCCGGUUACGUCAAGAAGGAUAAAAAGAAAUCACUGUCGACCAAACAAAAGGAAAAAAAAGUUUCUGAGAGUAUCCCUGCAAAUGUCCAAGAUACCAUCACCCAGGCUGCUGUGGUUAAAAAAUCGACGACGACAACGACGACGACGGUGCUGUUGACUACUACUCUGACUCCUACUGGCGACACUCUGUACAUUGAAUUGGCUAAUAAAUAUUCCCUUCUUGAAAUUAUUGGCGAUGGGGCGUUCUCUACGGUUUACAGAGCUAUUGAUCAUAAUAAUAACGAUCGAUAUGUGGCGAUCAAAAUCAUUGACAAGCAUUCGAUCAACGAGACCCAGCGGAAAGCGAUUCUCAAAGAAAUCAACAUUAUGCAGAAGUUGGACCAUAAGAAUAUCAUCAAGCUCUAUGACUCGAUAGAAUCGCAAGAUAAUUUCUUUUUAAUCUUGGAAUAUUGUGCCGGUGGUGAAAUAUUCAAACAAAUCAUCAAUUUCACUUAUCUUAGUGAAGAGCUUUCUCGACACAUCAUCAUCCAGGUGGUCAACGCUAUCAAAUAUUUACAUGAAGAAAUCGGAGUAGCACACCGAGACAUUAAACCCGAGAAUUUGUUGUUCAUUCCUUGUGAUUAUAAACCUCGUACUUCCGCGGAAUUUGCAAAAUCAAAACGAGAAUCCGAUGGCGAUGAUAAACUCGACGAAGGUUAUUUUAUCAAAGGCAUAGGCGGUGGUGGUAUAGGGGUGGUGAAAUUGGCGGAUUUCGGGCUCUCCAAAGUGUUGUGGAAUACCACCACCCAAACUCCUUGUGGAACUGCCGGAUACACUGCGCCGGAAAUUGUGAAAGUUGAAAAAUAUGAUAAAUCCGUGGAUUUAUGGGCCAUCGGGUGUGUGUUAUACACUUUGCUAUGCGGGUUCCCGCCAUUCUACGACGAUAAUAACGAUCAAGUCAAAUUGUUAAAAAAGAGUUUAAAAGGAGAAUACGAGUUCUUGAGCCCGUGGUGGGACGAAAUUAGCAACGAUGCCAAGUACAUGGUGAAGAAAUUGUUAAAUGUCAACCCUUUGAAAAGAUACAGUAUUGACCAAAUGUUAUCUGAUCCAUGGAUAACCAAGGGCAACUUCCAAUCGUUGAAAAAAUCUUAUAGUUACAACGAGAAAAAUAAUGUGGAUUAUUUCCCAAAUUAUAGAAAAUUGGUGAUUGAACAGAAAGUAGAUGACAAAGUGGCCCCUAUAGAGCACCAACCUGAAGCCCAUGGCAAUGAUAUAUCCUUGAAUACUCCUAACCGAAUCAAUCCCAAUAGCAGUGAAGGUGGUGUGUUGAUCGCUAAAGAAAAGAAAUACAAGAGCAUAUUUAACAAGCACAUUGAGAUUCAAAGAGAAAACUCUGCGUUAUUUACUUCUUGCGAACUGGCCAUAAACCACGCCCCAUCUCCCUUACAACAAUUGAAAGAAGAAGAAGAUCGGCAGUCCGCGUCAUCGUCGUCGCAAGAAUCCACUAAUAGAGACUUCAUCAAGGAUGACAAUACCCCUACUGCUACUAUAUUAACCAGAAUUACAAAAGCCGAUACCAAACAUAAACCCGCACCAAUCCUCAUUACUGAUCUGAAUUUCCAGGCAUCGCAAAUCACUGAUCACAAGUCUAUUCCCCUGUCGAUCAGUAUAAAUCAAACGAAAAUUGAAGUCGACGAAAAAUCACAUACCAAUGUUUCCAGUCUCACUGAUAGCCUAUUAGCGGUAUCAUUUUCCAAGAAAAAGAAGAGCUCGUUACCUAGAACUCCUUGUCCAAAAGACGUGAAGUUCUCCCAGUCGUAUCAUUGUGAGGACGAAGAAGAUGAAGAAGAAAACUGCGGAACGUAUGAUGAUGAUGACGGAUUCGACGACAAUGAUAGUAGUGAUGUUAGUAGCAGCAGAAGCUUCAAAGUACAACAAACACAGCAUGAAAUUUCAUUGAACGUGGGUGGAUCAAACUCCCCAUUUACACAAUCUAUCAACGGUGAUUCAGCAACUAGACAAAGCUUUGAUAGCCAAGUGAUAAGCAAUUCAAUGGAACCAUCGCUAAAUAAUUUUAGUUUAGAUUUGAACCAUUCGGUGAUGUUGGAGAGAAGAAGAAAAUCUAAUGUUCAUAGUAUAUUAAGCCAAAAGACAAUUCCAGCGAGCAGUGCUUCCACUAUUAACACUUGA